UUACUAUCUUAAACUUGUAAGGGAGCCGUGAAGACAGUCAAGGUUUUCCCGUCUACGUAUCAAGAGAAAUUAUGAUUUCGGUAGCUCUGAUUAUAUUGUGUCUUUUCCCGUGCGUUCAAAAUGAAUACAUUCGUCCUUCUUACCAAGUUCUAUUGCGCAAAAGGGAUAAUUUAGGAGUGUUGGCUGAUGGCCACUGCUUUGGAAAUAUUAUUCAAAGUCGUCUUGUUCUAACAGCGGCUUCGUGUUUAUUAAGUGCUAAUGCCUCAAAUGGAAGAGAAUUAAUAAAAUCGGAUGAAUUAGCAGUAUCCUUUAACGGGGAAGACUUGGACGAGUCUGUAUACUUUGUUAGUGGCAUUGACAUCUAUCCUGAAUUUAAUGUGUCAUCUUUGGAUAAUGAUAUUGCGAUUCUAAGUCUAAGUACACAACUUCCACUUUCGGAGCGAAACGAUAUUCAAUGGGUUUUAGUGGCUGACUUUGAUCUUAAGGAUUAUCCUUUGGAGGACGGCGUGGAAUCUUACAUUUGGAAAACUUCAAACGUAAAAACUAUUUAUCCCGGCUAUGGGGUGGUUCGUGAAAGUAAUUUGGUUGGAAUCCUUUCCUUUGGAUUUCCAUCAAAAAUCAAACGCGAGUUGAAUCUUGAAAAUCGGAAUUCCACGAGAUUUACGCAACUAAACUCAUAUUUAAGUUGGAUAUAUGCCAUUUUACAGAAUGCAGAGAUUGCGGACAUGAAAAAUAAUAACUACAGUGCAUCUCUACCUUAUCGUCAACGAAAAAGCGCAGAGAUAGUUAAGGAAUUCAUUGAACCCGAUGCAGUUUAUUUGCCAGACCCAUCGAACCCCAUUGAAGCUGACAUUGAAACCGAGGUGGAGGAUUUAACAGAAACCGAUACUGAAAACGUUGAAACUGCCUCAGUCGAUUUAUCAAACGCAGCGGACAUAUCUGACUCAAAACAUUAG